AUGGCGCGAUUCCCAACACAAACAUGAAUACGGGUUACAACACUAGUAAUGUUAUAAUCAGCCGAGAUGUGACUGAGCAAGAUGCAUAUGAAUAUUAUAUUCAUAAUCAACCUCCUCAACUGCCAUCCUCACCCCUUGCCACGUACUCCCACCAGCAACAGCAACAACAACAGCCUAUUCAACGAGCGACUUCCAAACGUGCCCAACAAUCACAGUCACCUCAUGUGGCCAGUGUUUCUUCUAUGGACCGGAUCAGUACACCAACGGGUGGAAAUGUGUUUGCAAGGCUUUCCCAGACACCAACACGGGCAUCCAGAGCCAAGGUUGCCUAUCGUCACAGCAGCGGCAGUGUAGAUGAUCUCAAGCGUCGUUGGGAUCUUGAUCAACAGCAACGAACUGUCAGUUCAUUAAGUGACACUUAAAAAAAAAAAUCAUUUUCCAUCUUUCAUGCUAUACCCUCCCUCGUUCCCUCUUUUUUUUUUUUCAUUUUAUAUAUCCUUAUCAUCUGUCUAUUCUUAUUUUUAUAUAUUUAUUUUAUUUUAUUUUAUUAAAUGUAAUAUUAAACUUCUUUAUUUUAUUUUUUUUUAAUUAUUUUUUUUAUAUAUAAAAAAUAAUCAUAAUUAAUUCCUUGUUCUUCUUCUUUUUUUUUUAUAU